AUCUAUUAUUUAUCGUUAACUAAUGUAAAUAAACAAUUGGAGAAAUAAAUUAUAAUUGUAAGAGGAAACUUGAACUAAUAUAUGAGAACUUCUGAAACAAGUUGAUCCGAUUUUCGCCUCUAUGGUGAAUACAAGGCAUUCAUUUCGCAGAAAGUAGUUUGUCUACCUGCUUGUACCUACUUCACCAAUAGUAGACGGGCCCUUCAGUGUUCUGCCAGAUGGGGAGAUUUGCCUACCAAGCAAACUCCGCACAGCUGUGCGUAUCGACUUUCUCAUCUCGUGCUAGGAACUGAAAAAAAAAGAGACUCAGAAGCAACUCUGUCAUCUUGCAAAUAAUACUGGGAUUUCAGUUCAUCGUGCACAAUUUCUUCUAUAUUUCUAGAAAUAUAUUCUGGUAUUUUCAUCAACAAAACAUAAAAGUUAGUACAUUUUAAAUUCAUAGAAAUAUUGAAUUUGAAAAAUAUUGAAAAUUUUCAAAUGAACCCUGCAAUGGAACCUGAGAUAUUCAGUGUGGAGAAAAUCCUGAAGAAAAGAGACUACAAUGGAUUUGUGGAGUACUACUUGAAGUGGAAUGGAUAUGAUGAGAGCGAGAACACUUGGGAGCCAGAGUCAAACUUAAAUUGCCCAGAGUUAAUAAGAGAAUUUGAGCAGGAGGAAAAAUUAAGAGUUAAUAGAAUAGAAAGACUAUUACUAAACCGGACUGCUCAACAAUCUGGAUUCCAUAUUAACUUGGAAGCUGAAAAAAUCAUUGGUGUUACCAACAGUUUAGGCAAGUUAAAAUAUUUGAUGAAAUGGAAAGGAGUGGAAAAACCAGAGAUUGUUUCAUCAACUGAAGCUAACAAAUACUGCCCAGAGAUUGUGAUACAGUUCUAUGAAAGCAUCCUCACCUGGACGAAACCUAACAGUACUAAGUAAAAUUCAUAACAAAAUAAAAAAAAUCGUGUUCCUAAAAUAACUAAAUACGUAAGCAAAAUGUUAAAA